AUGUCUGCUCUAGAUAUUCUGACUUCAGAUUCACAUCUCCUUUCCACGUUUAUCCCGUUCCCUUCUGCCUCAGCCCCUUUUCUGCCCAAAGCUCACCUCAACCCUUCCUCUCCCUGUCAGUCCUGCUCAGAGACGCCGCACACCUGGCAUGCACAGGAUCAAGUCAUCUCUCAUCUCCUCUCACCCCCAGACGCCCACUCUCUCAGUUACUUUGAGGCCAUCAUGUUCCAGCCCGGGCACUGGAAGCCCCGCUUCAUCUUCGUGGGCUACGUGGACGACACGCAGUUCGUGAGCUUCGACAGCGACGCCGAGAACCCGAGGGUGGAGUCGAGGGCACCAUGGAUGCAGCAGGUGGAGCCGGAGUACUGGGACUGGAACACGCAGCUCGCCAAGACCAACUCAAGGAUUUGCCACGAAAACCUAAACACCCUGCGCAGAUACUACAACCAGAGUGAAACCGGCUUUCACACCCUCCAGAAGAUGUAUGGCUGCGAGGUCGGGACAGAUGGUCGCCUGCUCCUUGGGUAUCAGGAGUAUGCCUACGAUGGCGCUGACUACAUCGCUCUGAAUGAGGACCUGCGCUCCUGGACUGCAGCUGACAUGGCAGCUCAGAUCACCAAGCACAAGUGGGAGGCAACAGGUGAAGCUGAGCGCCAGAGGGCCUACCUGGAGGGCGAGUGCGUGGAGUGGCUGCACAGACACCUGGAGAUGGGGCAGGAGAUGGUGCAACGCUUAGAUGCCCCCAGAACACAUGUGACCCAUCAUCCUGUCUCUGACCAGAAGGCCACCCUGAGGUGCUGGGCCCUGGGUUUCUACCCCAAGGAGAUUGCACUGACCUGGCAGCGAGAUGGCGAGGACCUGACCCAGGAUAUGGAGCUGAUAGAGACCAGGCCUGCAGGGGAUGGAACCUUCCAGAAGUGGGCAGCUGUGUUGGUGCCUUCUGGAGAGGAGCAGAGAUACACCUGCCACAUAGAGCAUGAGGGCCUGCCUGAGCCCCUCACCCUGAGAUGGGAGCCUCCUCAAUCCACUGUGCCCAUGUGGGAAGUCAUCGCUGGCCUGGUCCUCACUGGAGCUGUGGUCAUUGGAGCUGUGGUCACUGCUGUGAUGAUGAAGAGGAAGAUCUCAGGAGGACUCAUUCAAUCAAGGAUGCAGAAAUCAACUAACGCAAAUGCUGGCAAGGGGGUGGGAAAUUGCAUGCCACUGUUAUUCAGAGUCUAAGAUAUCAGAGUGUAGAUUGGCUCAGCCACUCUCUAAGUCAGUAUGGAGAGUGCACAGACAACUGAACUUGGAUGUACCAUUUGAGCCAGCUAUUCCACUCCUGAAAAUAUA